CCGCGCGCAUAGCAGCCCGCGCGGAUGCUGCGUCCACGGUCCUCAGCGCGCAGCUCAGCGAGGGGGCUCUCAUCACACAUCGCAUAGAAAAUCCAAAUACCGCAUCACCACGCUUCACCACCUUUUUGAUUUACACAAACAAAAUACCUUUCCCUUUUUGAUGCACUGGUCGGGACAGUCAUCUCAAAACGAUGUCUCUCCAUCUCUAGUUUUUUUCGUCUGCGGAACCUCCAUCUAACCAGGCAGCAACUGCACUAUUUUAGGACCCAUCAUCUCCAUCCGUAGUAAACACACUGCUGAACACCUGGGAGAUAAGGACGACAUGAUAACAGCUACUGAGUGAAUCCAGUCAUCUUGUGUUUCCCCAGGAUAGAUAUUACCCUUACCCAACAAACCAAAGUCCUUGGAGCAUGGCCUGGCUUCCUCACCAACCCCAUCAUCGCGCACCCUUUGAAUCCUAAGGCACCAGAUCUACACAAUAUCCCACUUGGUCUUGCGCACCCUCUCUGCUUUCAUUCUCUGUGUCCUGAUGGAUUGGAAGCGGCCUGAUCCCUCGUUCUGUUGACCCCACUGGGCAAGGGGGUUGGGUGAAGAGGACAGGAUUUCUCCAAAUACGCUAGAAGUGUUCGGCCGUCAUUGUCCUGAUUUCCUCCUCUCAUGGAGAAUUAGAAGAACGGGAGGAACUACUGGGGAGGGUGAGGAGUGGAGGAGCAAAUUCAAAACCUAAAAACCUGAGCCAAGAAUCGUCACUUAUACUGACCUUGUGUUGCUGAAACCCCCUGGACGAGAAGAAGUUCAUAGAUCAAACAUCGUGGACCCAACACCCUAAGACUCAAGAUGUCCACCACGGCGACCAUGGGUGAGAUGGCGAAUAGCGCAGUGGAGUUUUACCCCAAGCAGGGUGGAGGGGGCGCAGAAGCCAAUCAUGCUGGAGACUUUGGGGUGACGUUGGAGGAGCUCCGGGCCCUGAUGGAGCUGAGAGGACCCGAGGCUUUGCAGAAAAUUCAGGAAAGCUUUGGAGAUGCAGAGGGCCUAUGCCAGAGACUCAAGUCUUCCACCAGUGAUGGCUUGUCAGAUAACCCGACAGAUCUGGAGAAGCGCAGACAGACAUUUGGACAAAACUUCAUACCCCCGAAAAAGCCCAAGACUUUCCUUCAGCUGGUGUGGGAGGCAUUACAAGACGUCACCCUCAUCAUCCUGGAGAUUGCAGCCAUCAUCUCCCUCGGCCUGUCCUUCUAUCAGCCACCCGGACACGAGAGCGAGGGUUGUGGAGCUGGGGGAGUAGGAGUUGAAGAUGAGGGGGAGGCAGAGGCAGGAUGGAUCGAAGGGGCGGCAAUCCUACUAUCCGUCAUUUGCGUGGUGCUGGUGACGGCUUUCAAUGACUGGAGUAAAGAGAAACAGUUCCGGGGACUGCAGAGCCGGAUCGAGCUGGAGCAGCGAUUCGCUGUGGUGCGCAAUGGAAACGUCAUCCAGAUCCCCGUCGCAGAGAUGGUGGUUGGGGACAUGGCCCAGGUCAAAUACGGUGACCUCCUACCUGCUGAUGGGGUCCUGAUUCAAGCAAAUGACCUGAAAAUCGACGAGAGCGCUUUAACCGGCGAAUCAGAUCAUGUGCGGAAGUCGGCCGACAAGGACCCCAUGCUUCUUUCUGGUACCCAUGUGAUGGAGGGAUCAGGCAGGAUGCUGGUAACUGCAGUUGGAGUCAACUCUCAGAGUGGCAUCAUAUUCACUCUGCUGGGAGCCGGAGAAGGGGAGGAGGAGAAGAAAGAGAAAAAAGCCAAAAAGCAGGAUGGAGCCGUUGCCAUGGAGAUGCAGCCUCUGAAGAGUGCGGAGGGUGGAGAAGUGGAGGAGAGAGAGAAGAAAAAAUCCAACGUGCCCAAGAAGGAGAAGUCUGUACUGCAGGGCAAACUCACUAAACUGGCUGUACAGAUUGGCAAAGCAGGUCUUGUGAUGUCAGCCAUUACAGUUAUCAUCCUGGUGCUGUACUUUGUGAUCGAGACGUUUGUGGUGACAGGGAAGAAAUGGUUGCCCGAGUGCACGCCCAUCUACGUGCAGUAUUUUGUCAAAUUCUUUAUCAUCGGUGUGACUGUGCUAGUGGUAGCUGUGCCUGAGGGUCUUCCACUUGCUGUUACCAUCUCCCUGGCCUAUUCAGUUAAGAAAAUGAUGAAGGACAAUAACCUAGUGCGUCAUUUGGAUGCUUGCGAGACAAUGGGCAACGCCACUGCCAUCUGCUCUGACAAGACCGGCACCCUCACCACCAACCGCAUGACUGUAGUGCAGUCCUUCAUCAACGACCAGCACUUCCGUGAGAUCCCCGACCCCAGCCAGAUCAGCCCCAACACCCUAGAGAUGUUAGUCAAUGCCAUAUCUAUCAACUGCGCUUAUACCUCCAAGAUCAUGCCACCGGAUGUGGAAGGUGGUCUGCCCAAGCAGGUUGGUAAUAAGACCGAGUGUGGUCUGCUGGGCUUCCUGCUGGACUUGAAGAGUGACUACGCCCCAGUGAGAGAGCAGAUCCCAGAGGAGAAGCUUUACAAAGUCUACACUUUCAACUCUGUACGCAAGUCCAUGAGCACUGUGGUGCAGAUGCCGGAUGGAAGUUUCCGGCUCUACAGUAAAGGAGCGUCUGAGAUCCUUCUGAAGAAGUGUUCCUCGAUACUUGGUGCUAAUGGUGAAGCACGCAGCUUCAAGCCACGGGACCGAGAUGAGAUGGUGAAGAAAGUGAUCGAGCCCAUGGCGUGUGAAGGCCUGCGGACCAUCUGCAUCGCUUACCGUGAUCUUCCCUGCGACCCCGAGCCUGACUGGGAUAACGAAGCUGAAAUUGUCACCGAUCUGACCUGCAUCACAGUCGUUGGGAUCGAGGAUCCCGUUCGACCUGAGGUCCCUGAAGCCAUUCGCAAGUGUCAGAAGGCAGGCAUCACUGUGCGCAUGGUCACCGGCGACAACAUCAACACAGCACGAGCUAUUGCUGCCAAGUGUGGCAUCAUUCAGCCCGGGGAUGACUUUCUGUGCCUGGAGGGUAAAGAAUUCAACCGAAGAAUCAGGAAUGAGAAAGGAGAGAUUGAGCAGGAGAGGAUUGAUAAGAUCUGGCCUAAACUCAGAGUCCUUGCACGUUCCUCCCCCACAGACAAACACACACUCGUAAAAGGCAUCAUUGACAGCACUGUGCUGGAGCAGAGACAGGUGGUGGCCGUAACUGGUGAUGGGACCAAUGACGGGCCGGCUCUCAAGAAGGCAGAUGUUGGCUUUGCGAUGGGUAUAGCAGGCACUGAUGUGGCUAAAGAAGCCUCUGACAUCAUCCUGACCGAUGAUAACUUCUCCAGCAUUGUGAAGGCUGUCAUGUGGGGGAGAAAUGUGUAUGACAGCAUCUCCAAGUUCCUGCAGUUUCAGCUUACUGUCAAUGUAGUGGCCGUCAUCGUAGCUUUCACCGGAGCCUGCAUUACACAGGACUCUCCACUAAAAGCAGUACAGAUGUUGUGGGUCAAUCUGAUCAUGGACACAUUUGCCUCUUUGGCUCUUGCUACUGAGCCGCCCACUGAAUCUCUGCUGCUUAGGAAACCCUACGGGCGCAACAACCCCCUCAUCUCGCUCACAAUGAUGAAGAACAUCCUGGGUCAUGGAGUCUAUCAGCUCGUCAUCAUCUUCACCCUGCUGUUUGUCGGAGAGAAAAUCUUCGACAUCGACUGCGGCCGUAACGCCCCCUUACACUCACCCCCAUCUGAACACUACACCAUCAUCUUCAACACCUUCGUCCUGAUGCAGCUCUUCAACGAGAUCAACGCUCGCAAGAUUCACGGCGAAAGGAACGUGUUCGACGGCAUCUUCAGGAACCCUAUCUUCUGCAGCAUUGUCCUGGGAACAUUUGGAGUGCAGAUUGUGAUCGUGCAGUUUGGAGGCAAGCCCUUCAGCUGCGCCCCUCUCAAUCUGGAGCAAUGGUUGUGGUGUCUCUUCGUGGGAGUUGGAGAACUGCUGUGGGGUCAGUUGAUCGCGACUGUGCCCACUAGUCACCUGAAGUGUCUGAAGGAGGCUGGCCAUGGGACAGGCACCGACGACAUGACGGAGGAUGAGCUGGCUGAGGAUGAGGAGGAGAUAGACCACGCUGAGAGGGAGCUACGCAGGGGGCAGAUCCUCUGGUUUAGAGGCCUUAACCGUAUCCAGACUCAGAUGGAGGUAGUGAGUACGUUCAAGAGAAGUGGUUCGUUUCAGGGUGCAGUGAGACGUCGAUCCUCAGUGCUCAGCCAGCUCCAUGACGUAACCAAUAUUUCUACCCCCACUCAUGUAGUUCUCUCCACUGCCAAUGCAAGCGUCGCUCCCGGGAAUGCGGGUGGUGAAAGCGUUCCGUAGCUCCCUUUAUGACGGAAUCGAGAAACCCGCGUCCAGGAAUUCCAUCCACAACUUCAUGGCGCACCCCGAGUUUCUCAUCAACGACUUCAUCCACAACAUCCCGCUGAUCGACGACACCGACAUUGACGACGAAUCGGAGUGGUCGAGACACAACCAGCACUUGCAUCCGGCCUUCCGAAAGCCCCCUCCUCCUCCGGUCCAGCAUCCGCAGCGUUCCCACCCCCGUCCCUACCGGCAGUACAGCCUCCCCGUCACACCUAACCGUAACAAUAAUGCCAUUGAGAGCGACGUCUACCACCUGAACCUCCCCACAGGCCCAGACGGGCACUGGACAACCCCCUCUCAACAGCUGUACCCUCUCCUUGCCCUGGAGACCUCUCUAUGACUGACCACGCUCAAGAGGAUAAGACCUUAAGAACUCUGAGGAUGCGGACCUGUGUGGGUCAGGCUGGUGGGGGAGGCUCCUACGGACAUGUUGUAGGUGGUUUACCCCCAACACUAAGACCAAUCAUUUGCCCACUACCACCAUCCACCGAAAGCACUUUCACUCCUCAUGUCUCAACAACAGCCCCACAGACACCUCUCCUCUCACCGUGGGGAGAGGAGGCCAGUCUGCUGCAUGUCUGUGGUUCCUUUGGACAGACCUGAGAAGGUGAGGAAUCCAGACCCGAUGGAUUUUAUCGGCUCUUUAGUGCUGGUGACUAUUGACCUCUCAUAAUGCAAAGGAAUAUGUUCCCUACAGGUGGAGUAGGGGUCCAUUCACUUUACUUUUUAUCGGUGUUACUAAACUCAAUAUUAUUAUUAUUAUCAUGUGUGACUUCUUACUAUCGCCACCAUCAUCCUGAGUGCUCGGAUUAUCAUUGCGAUAUCACAGAAAACGACUUGUAUUACUCUGAGUGCUUUAUGGAUUAGCUUUAAAACAUUUUAUUUAUUGAUUGAUGUAUUAUUUAUUUAUUUAUUCAUUCAUUUAUUUAUUGUGAUCACCCAGAUCUUCUUUCAUUUUCACUUUGUCUAUCUCUCUCUCUCUAUGUGUCUGUGUGUGUUGUGUCUGUCCUAAAAGCAUAAAAAAAAAUCUAGAAAAAGAAGUACUAACAAAGCAAAGAUAAUAUUAAUUUGAAGCUUAGAUUAAGUCAAUUAUAAUGUGUCUGCUGAUAACAAAAAGAAGACAAAAACGUCGCCGCACCAUUUUAACGAGCAUUGUUUGCAGCAUUUUAUGUAAAUGAAAAAAAAAGAAGUAUUAUUUUUGGGUAAUUUUUAGCUUCAUUCUAAGGGAGAAUUAAACUGAAAUCAUGCUCAUGAUAUUUUAAACAUUUAUGCAACAUGUUCAUGUUAAGAAUAUACUACAGGGUAGAGGAUUUGGGCAAUCCCAUCACAGCAAUUCAGUGAUCGUGGGUGGGAUUUCAGUGGUUUUCCAUCUCAGCAAUGGCAAUCAGCCUUACGACAAAAUGGCCUUGUUAAUAUGUUAUACCUUGUUCAAAGUAGCUGAAAUUGGAUUUAAAGGAUUUCAGUGGGUUUGCCCAGACUCGACAUUUAAUGGUGUCUUAUAUUUCUUUCACAUAAAAGCCAUUACAAUUCAUGUUGUGCAGAUGACACCAACAAAUGCAUCAACCCUUUAAACAUGUUCAAAUAAUUCUACUCAGUACAUGCAUACCUGCUGGCCCUUUAAAUACAUUCGCACUCACACUUGCUUUCCUCAUGUACUGUAUGUGAAAUAUUUAUCAGAUUAUGAAUAUCUGCAGACUGUGGUCACCAGGGUAGGGAAUCCAUCAUAUACUGCCACACCAUAGUAAAAAAAAAAAAAAAGAUGAAAGAUACUAAAGAUGGACAAUCCGUGAGGGUAUCAUUACUUUUGCACAAUAUCAGGGUUCACCGUGGACUUUGAUACACACACUGUCUGGCUAUUGUUCUAUAUUUUAGCAUUUCAGAACAAGUAAUCCCUAUUAUAUACUGUAUGUAAAGACAUGCAUGAUUCUCCAUGUCAGAUGAUAGUGUGUUUGAUUCAGUUACAUUCCAUUGACGUUCCACUGAUCAGUUGUACCAUUUGAGGGUUGCCUCCUGUUAUACCCCAUAAUCGUCUAGAAUGGUAUCGUUAUUAUGAUACCACUUCAGUCGAUGCAUUGCAACUUAUUACAAUCAUUUCGGGGAAUGAGACUGGCACUUAUGCAACAGACUGCCCUGCCCACAGCUCUGUGAAAUACGCUUCAUGUACAUAUGGAUCUUGAAGAAAAAAAAACCUUUAUCUGUAUAGAAUACUUUUCUAGAUUGUCCAGUUCAAAGAAACUGGCGAAUAUUGAAAGCAGACAAUGCAAGCAUGAAUGUCACUAGAUCAUGUCAUUGCAUUGGUCGGUCGUGUCUUUGUGGAGCAUGUUGAUAUCAUAUUGCUUGCUUUACACCUUCAUUGUUUGACUUCACUUUUGUCUGUUGAUGCUUCACUGUGGCUCUUAAGUGGUUGGAGGACACGCGUUUCUCCUUCCAGCGCAUCUGUGCUGUCAUUAAUGUGCUAUAAUCCAUGCUGAUGUUCUCCUCCUGAUACUCUGCCCUGUCUGUGGCGUGGAGCCUGGAGGUGGAGCAGUGUCGCACUGCCAAUCUGACUACUUGUUAUAGUAUGCCAAAAAACACAUUGCCUGAAAUGGGUUGACUUGUUCUACGACUAGCAGAUAGUUUUGUCGUUGGAUCUUUAAAUGGAAACCCAUUUUUAAAGGAAUAUUCUGGGCUCAGUCACUGCUUUUGUUUAAGAAAAAUCCAAAAUCUGGAGGAUACGGAAAGGCUUGCUAUGAAAGUGAAUGGGGCCAAUCUGUGAACAUUAAAAUACUCAUUGUUUCAAUAGUAUAGCCAGAAGAUGCAAAGCGUAUGAAUGAUGAUGUGACACCAUAAAACCCUAAAAUGAUUGUAAAAAUGAUUGUUUUAACAGUUUUAAAGGUUAAAUAUACAUUUUUACAAUAGAAUUAAUCAAAUUCAAUGUUUACGAUUAUAAUUGUCACAUUUUUUCUUUUAAAUCCUUCAACAACCAUUCAGUUUCAUUGAAGGUGCUACAUCGCAACCUUAAUAUUUGCAACUUAAUUUAUUAUCAACAAUUGCCUCGCAUUUUCUUUUAUACAUUUUAAUUUAAAAGUAUAUCUUGUGGUAAUCAACAUAAUGUCACAAAUGCUUCACAUGCAUUGAACUCGGAAUAUUCCUUCAAGCAAAACUGUGUUCUAUCUGCAUGAGUGUGUCCGACCUUUCUCCGGGUUCGAUCGGGCUCAGACAGUUCCAGUGGAGUCUCUAGUGUUGAGAGCGCUGGCAGGUCUCAUGGGCUGAACCCAUUUAAAGGCCCACACACAGUCAGCAGGCCAAAGUGGUGGUCAGGGAGGAUAGGUCACUGAACCUGCUAUACCAUAAUAAAGAAACAUUUCCUAACCUUAUCUUAUCCUCAGCAAAGCUUAACUACCAAAAUAGGCCUCAAGCUAUGCUCGUCUCUUAAUCAUUUCUAAAUCUAACAACUAUAUAUAAGACGUAUACCCCAAUCAUUGAACUCUCCAGACAGAUAUUUUUCACAGUGGCAUAUGUAUGGUAUCCCUCCGCUCCACCACAACAGACAGCCACUUCAUCAAGACUCCUGAUAGAGUGACAUAUAUAUAUAUAUAUAUAUAUAUAUAUAUAUAUAUAUAUAUAUAUAUAUAUAUAUAUAUAUAUAUUAGAAAAUAAAUAAUCCAAAAUCUCCUUCAUCUGCCUUCAUUUUGUUUCAUUCUGUUGUAGAAAAUGCAAGGUAAGGUGAAAAAAAGUAAAUAAUAUACUAUAUUUAAUAUAAAGGUUAUAAAUUAUUGUACAACUGCACCAUUACUGUACAUUUUGCCAAAAUGUGCACAUGUGCGUCUUUUGUUUACGAUUUAAGAUUACGUUUUUUUUUUGCUUUACUCUAUUGUCUCUUCUAAUUUCUUUCUUAUUUUACUUUUUUGUAAAGAAUUACAAUUGAACAGCUUGUACAUUAUUAUGAUUACUAUUAUUAUGACUAUUAUUAUGAUUAUUAUUAUUAUUGUCUUUUUCCAUCAGUGCUCUUUUAGCCGAUGGGGGGAAAAACAGUUGCACAUUAUCCUGAAAAUACACUUACUGCUCUACAAUGGAAAAAAGGAAAAAAAAAAAAUUAAACUAUGAAAUAUAUUAAUAAUUACCUGCCUGUUACUUAAGAGAAAAAAAGUAUCUAUCUAAGAUGAAAGAACACAGCUGUAUACUGUAGACUAAACUGUAUGGAAAUCUAAGAAUUUAAUGGGAAAAUAAGUCAACACUUUUUGUCUGUAUAAAAAAUCAAAUCAAAGUAUUCUACAAUAAUAACUUUGACCAGUGUC